GUGAAAACAGAUGUAGAAAACCUCAAAAUUUGUAUUGGAUCUGUACAACAUUUUGGAAGUAAUUUAGUAUUAUCUAAGGCAGUGUGAAGAUUUCACUUCAAUUAUUAAUUGGGCUGAUUGUUGCAAAAUGUUUUAAAUCUCCGAUAGCAAAAAAUUUGAAGAUAUUGUCAUGAAACAAUACUUUAAAACCACAAAUAUUUAGUCAUUUUAUAGACAAUUAAGAAUAUAUGGGUUUAAAAUUAAAAGAAAUUCUAACUGUUAAAAAGUAUUUCAUCACAUAUAUUUUGCCAAAGGACAAUAGUAUACACAAUCAUUUAUAACUUUAGAUAAAAUCUAUCUAAGAUUUAGAAGGGUAAGUCAUUAACAGACUAAAUAUCUGGAGAGAUGUAUAAUGUGAAUCAAAUAAUGAAGGAAAAUCAAGAACUAAAACGGUAACUCAAUCUGAUGAUAUUAUUCUAAAAAAGAUUAGUGAAACAAUUUGAGAUUCAUUAGACUAUUCAAAAAGCAAUCAUAGACAAAAUGAUUAAGUUAAGCAAUGUACUUGUAUCCAUGUCUAUUGAUAGUUGUUGUGUAAUGAGAGAAUUCAUCAGACAAUCCUAAGCGAAAAGAAAAUAGAGAAUUUUGUUAAUCUAAUUGACGGGUUUCAACCUGAAUUAUUAGUAAGGAUAAUUAGGUUCUUAUUGAAAAAGAUUGAUCCAAAGACUCCAAUAAAUGAGAUUUAAUAUUCUCCUACUCCAUUUCCUUUUAAUGCUUAAAUAUGAUUAUUUAUAUUAAAUCACU